AACUCUGAACAAUUCGCGUGCGAUUUGCGUCCUAGCGCUGUAGCAUUUAUUUUGCUGAUAAUUUUAUAGAAUACAAAAGUAAUUUUAAGCUGGAAUUAAAUUUACUUCUAAUAUGAUGUGCAGUGACUCGUUAAGAUAGUAAACAGUGUACUAUUGUCACGAAAUUACUCACAAUGACCCCUGAGUUCACGGCUGCUAUUGCUAGUACAUUGUGAUAUUACCCAAUAUGGGAAAGAAAUUACAAAUAAUUUAGCAAUUAGACUUGUUUAUAUAAUUUAUUUAGUUAUAGUACAACGUUUGUGAACCGUUGAACGUUUGUUGUAGAUCAGUGUAAUGAAUUAUGGUUACAAAUGGUCAUUUUAAAGUCAUUGAACCUAUGCGCGGCGUGGUGACACUGUGCAGUGACUUGUGAAUCGGAAAUAUGUAAAUAAACAUGAACGAUAUAAGCUUGAAAAUAGUGGAAUCUCCGAAGAGCCACGGUGGUGUUGAUGUGUCUCCGACAGGGGAUACAAGUGCUGAGAAUGAGGUUGAUCCGUUGGCAAUAGACGAAGGUGAACUCGAGAGAGUCAAGGAGCCGGUAUCGCAGGAAGCGGUGCUCGAGAAAGUUGACGAGGAAAAGGCGGGAAACUGUGAUGAUAAUGCCAAAGAAGAAAAUAUAAGUGAGAGCCAGACUGGAAGUAGUGAUAGUUUUGUAAAUGUCCAGCCUGAGAAACCUGAGAAUGCUAAUGAGAAUUUGAAACAAGAUAGGAGUAGUAGUAGCCCCCCUGUGGCUCCAAAGACUCCAACUCCUGAACCGCCUAAACCACAGAAUGAACCAGCCCCCACCAUUGAACCAGUUCCAAGUACCAGUAAGGCUCCAGAUGUAAUUGAGAAAGUGGUUGCUUUAGACAAACCGGUUGUAGAAACCGUGGUCCCAGUAAAAGAACCUGUUUCUGUGAAAGAGGAGCUUAUGGUGGUUGAGGAACCAAAAAAAUUGGAACCAGAGGCUGAUGCAGAUAUGACCGAAGUGGUUACGGUUGAAGAGAAGGCAGAACAAAAAGUAGAGAAACCUAAACCAAAGUCAGUGAAUGGGGAUGUUGUAGCUAAGGAGGAUCAAGGUACAAAGAGACGGCCAAGCGAAGACGUGGACACGGAAUCUCCUUUGAAGAAGCUCUGUCAAGAGGUAGAGAAGACGUUUCCUCAACACGACACGAUGAUCAACGACUACAUACAGAGAGCCACCAAGAACAACGUCGACGAACUACAGAGGCACACAGAACAACUGCUGUCCGAGAUACAAACGCUCAGAGAACUUGCACAGAAAAAGGAACACGAGUGGAACAACAUUCUUCAUCUAAAAAAAGUCAAAGAAGAAAUCCUACUCCGACUCCUAAGGCGAAAACAGGUUUUAAAUUACGAGAAAUCUCAAGAAGUUAACGGUGGUGAUAGGGAUCGGGAUCCAUUCGACUUUCUCAAUAACCAAGCGAAGAAUUUAGCUAUAGAUAAAAGUGACGAGAUAUCUGGGCUGUCGUUGAAGCAGCCUGGUGCGUCCAUGGCUCCGAUGCUGCCGACCCCGAUCAUGCCGAGCACUUCCCACUUCAACCCCAUGGCGGGGUUACCGCCGCCUUACGACAAGGCGCACAUGUCGAUGCCGAAACCAGUAUUCCCUCAACAAAUGAUGAUGCCCGGCCACCUGACUGGGUUCCCGAGAGACAUGAAUGGUCAGUUACCUUCUAGUUUUGGUCUUCCUAUGGGUCGGCAAGGGCCUACUAAAGAUGUUAAAUCCAUUAUAGCAGACUAUAGGCAAAGGAAUCCAGAAGUUACGCCGCGGAGAGGUCGGAGGAUGAAGUCUAUAUUAAAUCCGAAUAUGAUGAACGCUCCAAGACCGAUUGCGCCGAAAGUAGAUAAUUUGAACAACUUGAACAAUAUCAACAUGCUGUUCAACAAUCUGGAUAUGAACCAGAAAGCCAUGCUAGAACGUCUACAACAGUUCCAAGCCAGUGGGCUACCGAACGGGCUCUCGUUCAAAGACGUGCUCGUCCAGUUCGCCAACAUGCAGCAGGCCAGUGCAGGCCUCAUCCCCAACCGACCACCAGAAACCAUCACCACCAGGCCGGAACACCAUAUAAGGCCCGAGGGCAGAAGAGGGAGACAGGAGAGGAGUCACGAAGAUGUCCACGUGUCUGUCAAGCAACAAGAGAGACUCGCCUCUCCGAGCCCCAGGCUGCCCCCACCCCCACCAUAUCCCGAAAUUUCCCUACUACCCGUCACCACCAGCCAGUCGGAAACAACACAACAAAACUCCUUACUCCACGGCAUCCUCACAAAGCAGUCGUCUCCUGCGUCUCACAGUUACUCCCCGACGUUGGCUAAACUGCUCAUGUCGCCGGAACGGAUACAGAGUGCGCCAACGUUACCAAGUUUCGGUCAGGCCAAGAACUGUGGAGAGAUCACGAUAACACCGGUGCAGCCCGCUCCGACGGCCGAACCGCAGCCUGAGAAGCCGGAGGAGGUCGUCCAGCUCGACGAUGAAGAAAGCCCGGCGUCAGAGGGUGAGGCAUCGGGCUCUCCAUCUGGUUCGGGUUCAGGACGGCUAGUGAUCGACGAGGGCGGGGGCGAAGCCCCGACCGAGGGGGCGGCGGAGCAGGCCGACACCAACGAAGACACCCCCCUGUGUCAGGGCUGUCGGCGGAGAGACGCGCAGUUCGUGUGUGCAGGCUGUGCUAACCAGUGGUACUGUAGUAGGGAUUGCCAGGUGGCAGCAUGGGACGAGCACUCAGACAUGUGCUCCGGAUAGCCGCGUCAAGUAUGACAGAAGCCGCGUGAGUAUAUUGUAGUUAUAUACAGUGUGACAAUGUACGCACCGGGUGUAUACACACAUACAUGAUACAUGUAUUGUACAGUGACGGCGCUUGCGAGUCUCAAAUUUAAAUAGACAUUUGCCUUAAUUCGAAUAGUGCAUAUAUGUGAAUCUCUAUUUAUCGUGUGGGCUAUGGUUGUGGUGCGAUCAAUUCCUUCUAACGCCCGAAUACUGAAAUGCUACUCAAUUUUGAGUUGUACUUAAAUAUCGUGCUAUCUCUGACAUUUAAUAAAGAAUAGAUAGGGACAGAACUAGUUUUGAGAGCAUCUUAAAAUUGAGUUGCGUUUGAGUUUCGGACAUAACUCUCUUAACUUAAAAUUUUGACACAAUUUCUAUGCAUUUUAUACGAAUAUGUAUUAGUUUAUUGAAAAAAGUAGCUCGCUACGUUACUUCGUUACAUUUGUAGAAGUAACGUUGCUAAAGCUUUGACAUCAAUAUUAAUGGGACAUUUUAGUCCUUAAGCAAUUAAAAAAAUACCACUCGUCUAAUAUUUUUUUGUAAACAAAGGUACUUGGUCCAUGAUUAUAUUGCAUUUUAAAUUGGCCAUGAUUAAUAUGUGGAUAAGGAAAUCGGUCGCACCAAAACCGUAGAGAAAUCCCUAAAACUAUAUAAGUAUGAUGCUCACGUCUUGAUAGGACGGUAAAGCAUCGCAUGUAAAAAUAUACCAGUAAUCCUUUCUUGACUUUUUAAUAUUGUAAUACAAUUGUUGAGUAAUGGUUCAUUUAAAAGUAAUAUGGCUAUGUUUUGGUCAAAAAUAAUACUACUACUUUAAACUAUGUCACAAAAUUUCUUCAAUUAUCAACCUUAUGUCAUAAUUCUCAAGUCGCCUUUUGUGGAAGCCUUACUGAGGUCUUUAGUAUGCUUUUUACAACACCCACCAAGAAUUUGAUAAAAAAAAAAUGACAAAGAAAAGUAUUAGUAAACACCAUUGCUUAUAAUGAUGGUUGUAUACAAGAGGUUUGAAAAUACCGUCUUGUAAAGCUGUGGUGAAGAGUUUGGGUGAAAUAGUAUCACCUUAUUGCAUAAUUAUUGGUUUAGAGACAUCGUUCAGUGUGACCUGUAUGGUAGCCACAUGAAUAAAUAAAACAUUACUCAACAAUAUAGUUUCCUAAAAAUAUUCCUAGUAGAAGAGCCGUAUUAGCUGUGUCAUAAGCCUAAACAUUUGUUUGAUACACCUAGUUAUAGUAUUAGAUUUACAUAUUUAUGAUUUCAAUCACUAGAAAUUAUUAUUCCUAUUAUUUUGGGAGUACUAAAUGGCUGCGGUAGGAAACGUACUCUAAUUUGACAGUUGUGACGUCAUUUGACAGGCCGCCAUGUUGAUUUCAAUGUUACCAGUUUAUAAAAUUAGUGAUUGAUUUAAAUGAGGAAUACUUUGCGGUGUGAUGUAUGAUUAUCUUUUUUUUAUGAAGCGGCUAUUGUCAAAUGAGGUUUUAAUGUUUUUCCUACUGGUGGUAUGACCACUUUAUUGUAUGCAUAUAAGGUUCAAUGUUAUAUGCAUUAUCAUUAGUUCCUAGAAGCAUAAGGAAAACAAUGAAAAAUAAAUCUUUUGGUGUACGAAAUACGUACCAUAAUAUUAUAUAAUAGUUACAAGACUUGACUUACACAUUUGU